GACACCUGUCAAGAAGAACCUAAAGUCUUGCCUCUACAUUGGUCGCCCUGCUUCGAUGUAACUCAAAGCAUGGAAUAAAGACCUAUCGAUACAGACUGGACGAAUCAAGCCUGAUUGCGCGCUUGAAAACCAAACCAUUGCGCAUUUAAAGCUUCUAUCUCUCCAGCACCAAUUUUGUUGUUUAGAACAUUGAUAUACCACCUGUGACUGUUUAUAUUGUGUUUUUCCCAUAUACCGUUUAGUUUUUCCAUUCGGACGCAGCGGACAAAUGCUUUUCCAUCAAUUUGUUAACGGAGGUCUGGAGACAAUGCAUCCCACUAUUCAGAAAGACACUACUUUCACUAAGAUCUUUGUUGGCGGUUUACCUUAUCAUACCAACGAUGCAUCCCUUCGAAAAUACUUCGAGACGUUCGGGGAUAUUGACGAGGCCGUUGUGAUAACAGACAGACAAACCGGGAAAUCCCGAGGAUACGGCUUUGUGACUAUGAUGGACAGGGGGGCGGCAGAGCGGGCAUGUAAAGACCCCAACCCCAUCAUCGACGGUAGGAAGGCUAACAUCAACCUGGCCUACCUGGGAGCCAAGCCACGCAGCCCACAGACAGGUUUCUCAGUCGGUGUACAGCAGGUCCAUCCCGCUCUGAUCCAUAGGCAGUAUGGAUUGGCCCAGCAGUAUGUGUACCCCCAAGCCUUCCUCCACCCCAGCAUGUUGCUCCAGUCCCACCUCAGCCCCUCUCAGGCCUCCCUCUCCUCCCCGUAUCUGGACUAUAGCUCAGCAUACGCCCCCUACACCUCCACCCCCUCCACUGGCCUUGAGCACUACCCCUACGCCCCCUCGCCCUCCACUAGCUACCUCAGCUACAGCUACUCCCCCGCCACACCAGGCCCUACCAUGUCUGCCCCCCUACCCCUCCCACGCCCAUCCACCUCUCCCUCAACCCUCUCGCAGGCCUCUCUGCCCCCCCUGCAGCCUACCUCCAAUAUCCCCACCACCAGCCCGACCGCAUGCAGUGAGGGGUGCCUGGGAUAUGGAGGUGGGGUGAGGGUAAUUGGAGGGGGACACUCAUGACAACAACAUGUAUGGAGACUUGGAACAAGAGGAUUAUUGCACUAUGACCUGUGACAUCAUCAGGACGAGACUCCUGACAACCGAGGAGAGAGUGGGGUCAGAAUCCAAAGAGCUUUGUGAAAACAAACAAAACAAAACACACUGAGACUUCCUCCUGUUUUUCUAUUAGGGUUAUUAUCCAUUAGUGUUAUCGUAGUUGUUACUAUACUACUAUUGCUGUUGUUGCCAAUGUUUAUAUGAAUGUUUGUUGCUAAUGAUUGAAGUAAGAGCUCGCCCUGUGUCCAAUGCCAAACGUGAUGGAGUCAAUGGAACAUGAGAAGAGGAGAAUGAAUGAUUCUAGAACCUACCUAGAACCUACAACCUUCCACUCCUCCUUACCCACAGAGACCACCCAUCCUUGUACACAAGUAGCCAAGGCUUUUCUGAGCAGCCCUUUAAUGCAGUGGAUGGGGUUUGAAGGUUGGGCGAAGAUGGGUUGGGUAGCCAUUAUAUUUCACCAGAUGCUCCGCCUCACUCUUCCAGAAGUGCUACUGAACAUUUCAUUAGCGAGGUGAGACAGAGGCAGCAUUAUAUAAUUAGGAAUUAGAAUACUAGAAUGGACAUGAACCUUCUUAUGAUGGUCCAAAGGUCAGCCAUGUUGGUCAGGGAGUUGGUCAAUCAUGGUUUUGCCAGUGCUGUGAUAAGAUAUUGUGUAAAACAAUGAAUGUGAAGAAUUUAUCAGCCAGUUUUAGAGGAAUUAUUCCAUAAAUUGUUCAAAUUAACUGCCAACAUUCCAUUCAAAUAAUGCAGUGAAUCCACAGCCAUACACUGGCUCAAAUCAGUUAAUAGGACUUAGACAAGUUGUAAAUGCAACAAAUACUGAUAUUGUAUCACAUAAUAGCACUCACAGCUUUUUCCAAGAAAACAAAAUGAGAUAUUUUAUGGUCUGUUUAUAUAUAUUGUAGAGGCUGUUUAUACAGAAAAUGUGUAUAAAACCUGUAUAAACUGUAUUUAUAAUUAUGACAACAUUUUAAGUUUACUAUAAUUCCAUUACAUAAUUUCUGAUACAUUACAUGCCUUACUUUUAUAUUCCUGCAUAAGUAAAAGCAGGAAAUGCAUCACCUAUGCCUCUGCCAUUCAUUCCAAUUAGACUGGUUUUGGAUUUCUCCCUGACCAAGAUGGCUGCGAUUUUCACCCCAUUAUGGAACUAUGAGGGUUUAUGACAUAGCCCCCUCUAGUAAUUUAAUAGGAUCUACAGUGCCUUCAGAAAGUACUCAUACCCC